GAGACCAAAAAAUAUAAAUAUCAACACAUCGUUUAUUUAUUGUUCGCUGUUGGGUCGCAGAGACAUUGAUGGGAGGACUGCAUAAAAUUAGUAGCAGCUGUUUGGUUGAGCAAAAUUACAAAGAAAAUAUUCAUACGGUGUAGCUAAUAAAGUGCAGAAUUCAUGAAAUUGUCAGAAAUUUGCGUGAAUUCUGUGCGUUGAGUCACCAAAAAAAUGGCAUAAGUGUGAGGAUAUGCAAAAUUAUCUAAUCGAUGUUGUGUCAAAUGUUGAACGGCGUAUUAUUCAUUCGGUGCAAAAAGAUAAUAAUAUAAAAAAGGCAAUGGCUGGAAAGAGAAAUGAAAAUGAUGUGAAAUUAAUAUAAUUGUGGAAUAUUAUGUAAAAUGUGGUUGUUGUCAAAAUGAAUAAAAAAAGAAAUGCUGUAAUGCUGAAGUGACAAUUUAAUCAAAGUGCUCCAAAAGCAAACAAAGUGAAAUACACACGCAAAGAGAGAAAAAAAAGAGUUAUGUCAAAAAAGGAAGCCAAAUAAUAAGGCGUCAAUAAAUGUCUCAUGAAAAGUGUAUAAACAAUAAAAAAUUCUAAAGAAAACACUGUUCAUAGUCGCUAAUUAAAACAAUGUGUAUUCUAACGAAAAAAUGAUUGCCUUUAUACAAAAUUAUUAUUCAAAUCAAAGUGCUGUGACAAGAUAGGUUAAUUCGAAAAAGGGGCUUGUUGGUUUUUGUUGUUGUCGUUGCACGUCAAAACCGAAUUCGAAGAAUUCAUUGAUUUUGAUUGAAUAAAACAAAACCCAAACCAGUCAUUUCAAACACGACUACAAAGAACAACAACGAAAAUGUCUAGCCGCAGUCGAACGUUGUCGGUGAAUUUGGAUGUAGUCAUGGCGAACGAUCCACUGCGUGAAUUGUUCGAUGCAUGCAAAACGGGUGAUAUUAUCAAAGUAAAAAAAUUGAUAAAUUCGCAAACGGUGAACGCAAGAGAUACAGCCGGACGUAAAUCAACUCCUCUACAUUUUGCUGCUGGGUACGGACGACGCGAAGUCGUUGAAUUGCUGCUGGCAAAUGGUGCUUCAAUACAAGCUUGCGACGAAGGUGGCUUACAUCCACUACACAAUGCAUGCUCGUUUGGCCAUGCUGAUGUAGUUCGAUUGCUGCUCGAAGCUGGCGCAUCGCCAAAUACAACAGACAAUUGGAAUUUUAGUCCACUACAUGAAGCGGCACAAAAGGGGAAAAUCGAUGUUUGUAUUGCGUUAUUACAACAUGGUGCCAAUCCAAAUAUUCGAAAUUCGGAACAAAAAACACCAAUCGAUUUAGCAGACGAUAACACAAGGCCAGUUUUAACGGGUGAAUAUCGAAAGGACGAACUAUUGGAGGCCGCACGUUCUGGAGCUGAAGAUCGAUUGUUGGCUCUAUUAACACCAUUGAAUGUGAAUUGUCAUGCGAGUGAUGGUCGUCGUUCAACUCCGUUACAUCUUUGCAGCGGCUAUAAUCGCAUAAAUAUCGUUCAAAUUUUAUUACAAAAUGGAGCUGAUGUUCAUGCCAAAGACAAAGGUGGAUUGGUGCCAUUGCAUAAUGCGGCCAGCUAUGGUCAUUUUGAAGUCACUGAAAUGCUAAUCAAACACGGAGCGAAUGUAAAUGCAAAUGACCUGUGGGCAUUUACUCCACUACAUGAAGCCGCUUCAAAGAGUCGCAUUGAGGUUUGUAGUUUGUUGUUAAGUGAAAAAGCAGAUCCAACACUACUCAAUUGUCACAAUAAAACUGCGAUUGAUGCGGCACCAACAAUGGAACUCCGUGACCGAAUUGCAUACGAAUACAAAGGUCAUUCGAUUUUAGAUGCAUGUAGGCAAGCGGAUGCACCAAGACUCAAGAAAAUCUUAACAACCGACACAGUUAAUUUUGUUCAUCCGUAUACAUCCGAUACGCCACUCCAUUGUGCCGUUGCAUCAGUGUAUCCAAAACGAAAACAAGUCGUUGAAACUCUGAUUCGAAAGGGUGCUCUUUUGAAUGAAAAGAAUAAAGACUUUUUAACGCCGUUGCAUUUGGCUGCGGAUCAUUCGUAUUUCGAGAUUUUGGAUUUACUGCUGAAGAAUGGAGCCGAUGUAAAUGCAUUAGAUGGAUUGGGUCAAACUGCCUUGCAUCGAUGUGCACGUGAUAAUAAUGAUCAAGCAUGUUGUCUUCUUCUAUCGUAUAAUAUCGAUUCAAAAAUCAUUUCACUUCAGGGAUACACUGCUGCUCAACUGGCAUCGGAAAGUGUUUUAAAAAUAUUGAAAAAUCCACCUGAUAAUGUGGAUUUGGAAGAACAGUUAUUGGAAGCAUCAAAAACGGGUGAUUUAGAAACAGUGCAACGGAUUGUUCUUAGUAAUCCGCACACAGUUAAUUGUCGUGAUUUAGACGGUCGACAUUCAACUCCACUCCAUUUUGCAAGCGGCUACAAUCGCAUUGCAAUUGUCGAAUUUUUGCUUGAACAUGGAGCUGAAGUGAAUCAUGCAUCAGAUAAAGGGGGUUUGGUUCCUAUUCAUAACGCAUGCAGUUACGGACAUUAUGAAGUCACCGAAUUGUUAAUCAAAUAUGGGGCAAAUGUAAAUAUAGCUGAUCUGUGGAAAUUCACUCCACUACACGAAGCUGCCGCCAAAGGAAAGUAUGAAAUUGUAAAGUUGCUGCUUAAAAACGGUGCAGAUCCCACAAAGAAAAACCGCGAUGGAGCAACUCCAUUGGACCUUAUUCGUGAUGGAGAUGAAGAUGUGGCUGAUUUACUUCGUGGAAAAGCCGCUCUAUUGGAUGCCGCCAAGAAAGGCAAUUUGGCUCGUGUUCAACGUUUGGUCACACCAGAGAAUAUUAAUUGUCGUGAUUCACAGGGUAGAAACUCAACUCUACUGCAUUUGGCUGCUGGAUUCAAUAACUUUGAAGUGGCCGAAUUCUUGUUAGAAAGUGGAGCCGACGUAAAUGCUCAAGACAAAGGAGGACUGAUACCACUGCACAACGCAAGCUCAUAUGGACAUUUAGAUAUUGCCGCCUUACUAUUAAAGCACAACACUGUCGUUAAUGCCACAGACAAGUGGGGCUUUGCACCCUUACAUGAAGCUGCUCAAAAAGGUCGAACUCAGUUGUGUUCGUUAUUGUUAGCACACGGAGCAGAUCCGUUUAUGAAAAAUCAAGAAAACCAAACUCCAAUCGAAUUGGCUACCGCUGAAGAUGUAAAAUGUCUGCUGCAAGAUGCAAUGACAAUAUCAAUAAGCAAUCAAAGUAUCACAUCAAACGGUGGACUAUUGUGUUUAAAUACAUCAAAACAAAAUCAACAAUCGAUUUUGGUGUCGCCAACGACAGAAACCGAAAUUGUUACAUUGCCGACUGGUGCAUCGAUGACAUUAUCGGUGCCGGUUCCACAAACACCCAGUCGCUCAUGCUUAAGUCCCGCACAAGGUGCUGAAUCGCAUGUGGACGGUAUCAGCACUGAACCAAAUGAAACAGAAACAGUGUCUAGCGUUGCUAGCUUUUUAAUUAGCCUGCAAUUGGAACAAUUGAUUGAACUAUUUGAUCGAGAGCAAAUUACGAUGGAAAUUCUUGCUGAAAUGGGACACGAAGAUUUGAAGCAGGUCGGAGUAUCAGCUUAUGGUUUUCGACAUAAGAUUCUAAAGGGCAUUGCUGCGCUUCGAGCCACAACUGGCUUGGGACAACCACCAAAUCCAGGUACCCUUUUGGUUGAUUUACUUCCAGACGAUAAAGAAUUUUUAGCUGUUGAAGAAGAAAUGCAAGCAACAAUCAGAGAACAUCGUGAUAAUGGUCAAUCGGGUGGAUUUUUCAAUCGAUACAAUAUAAUCCGGAUUCAAAAGGUUCAAAAUCGAAGGCUGUGGGAACGUUAUGUCCAUCGUAGACAAGAGAUUUCCGACGAAAAUAACGGACAAGGCUAUGAACGGAUGUUAUUUCAUGGCAGUCCAUUUAUAAAUGCUAUUGUUCAGAAGGGAUUUGAUGAGCGACAUGCUUACAUUGGAGGAAUGUUUGGAGCUGGUAUCUACUUUGCGGAACAUAGUUCGAAAAGUAAUCAAUAUGUCUACGGAAUGGGAGGCGGAAUCGGAUGUCCAGCACAUAAAGACAAAUCUUGCUAUUUUUGUCCAAGGCAAUUGCUGUUGUGUCGCGUUGCGUUGGGAAAAUCAUUUCUUCAGUUUAGUGCAAUGAAAAUGGCCCAUUCACCACCAGGUCAUCACAGUGUCAUUGGUCGACCUUCAGCUGGUGGUUUACAUUUUCCUGAAUAUGUUGUGUAUCGCGGUGAACAAGCAUAUCCCGAGUAUUUGGUCACAUAUCAAAUUGUAAAGCCAGAGGACACUUCUAGUGGCAAUGAAGAUUCAACGAGAUGAUGGACUGUAAAUACAAAUUCGUCUACAACGAAUUCAACACAAGUGAUAGGGAAUGGUGCAUCACGUAUAACAAAAUCAACUACGGUAUCGAAUAUUUAUGGAAAAUACAAUUAUUUGAUCAUAACGCCAGCGGUGUCAAUCGAUCAGAAUUACGAUAAUGGAAAUGCAAACUACUACAUUGAAGAUGACGAUGACGAUGAUGACGAUGACAUCGAUAUCAAUUUGAAUGCCACUGCCGCCAUCGCCACCACCAACAAUAAUAAUCACAUAAAAAAUACCGUUUCAAAUAAGCGAAACCAUAAGAGCUCCAUGAUAAUAUUGAAUCAACGUUCAAAUUUAAUGCCAAAACGUACACGAUCAUCGCAUUCGUGGCGAUGGUGUACAUUACUUUGUUCAGCAAUUAAAUGUUUUGGCAAUAGUACGGGAUUUUCGGCAGCUGCCGCCACAGUUGCCGCUGCCAAUACAAAUUCCUAUACAAAUAAUAAUUACGCACGACAUUUCCUAUCGUCGGAAAAUAAUGUACACGAAUCGCACUGUAAAAAUGAUGAUAAUAAUAUGCCCUACGAUUUGUGACAUCUUUUCUUAUCGUCA